UACAGGGGUAACGUAUAAGAUAUAUUGUUUUACGUAUUGGCACCAUGAUCAGGGCCGUCACUACGGGGGAUUUGCGGACUGUCACACCUCCUUGGAAAAAUUUCAUCGUAAAAAUGAGGAGUUUUUUGCCAUUUUUGGAUGCUUCGCAGCAGAUUUUCAGAUUUGUUGGCAAAAUCUAAGUUUCUAGCUAUUGACAGGGUGCAGAAGAGCGAGCGGAAGAAAUUCUUCAUCUCGCUCUUAUGCACCCUGUCAAUAGCACUGGUCAAUAGUCAUAACAACAACGACAACAACAUUUACAUUACCUCUCCAGUACUCAAGUCAACUUUUGAGGGGUGCAAGAUUUGUGUCGAGGCAAAUACAAGAAAAACCAUGCCAUGCUGCCAAGGCUCAAAUUGCUUGAAAAGACUGUUCCCAAAAAACUUCAAGGAAGAUGCAAAGUCUAUUUUGAAAUUUUCUUGGCCCAUUUUUUUCAGUAUACUUUCUGAGAUGCUAGUACCCAUUGUCACUUUGAUAUUUGUUGGCCACCUAGGUGAAACACAGCUUGCUGCUGCUGGUUUAGGUAUGUCAUAUUGCAACUUGGUUGGGUUCGCACAGUUAGUUGGCCUAGACACUGCAACACAAACCCUUAGUGCACAAUCUUUUGGUGCUGGCAACCUGUUUAGGUAUGGAGUUAUUUUACAGCGUGCUGUAAUACUGCAAUUGACAUGGGCCCUCAUUAUAUUGCCGCUUUGGAUCAAUUCAGAGAAGAUAUUGUUGAAAUUAGGACAAGAAAAAGAUGUUGCAAGAAUCGCAGGUCUGUUCAUAAACACAAGAAUUCCUUCUUUGCUGCUGCAAGGUAUUUAUUCAACAAUGAAGACAUAUCUUCUUUGUCAGGAAAUAUCAACUCCUCUUGUUGUAAAUGGUUUUAUUGGCCUUGUGUUUUCUGUUGUUGCAAAUUACUUGUUUGUUUCUUACUUGGAUAUGGGACUCGUAGGCAGUGCCAUCGUUAUUGAUCUUACAUACCUGGUUUUAUGCCUAUUACUUCUUUGUUACAUAUGGAAGAAGAGAAUUUUGCAAGCCUGGCCAGGCUGGUCAGGAGAAUGUCUCCUGCAAUGGGGUCAGUUUGUUAAACUAGCUCUUCCAGGAGCGCUUAUGGUUAUAUUUGACUGGGGAUCAGCGGAGACCGGAGUGUUUUUAAUGGGAUUAGUUGGUAAGGUCGAGGUAGGAACACAGAGUGUGGUUUUCAACCUCCUUUCCACCUUGUUCAUGAUAUCACUCAGUUUUGCCAUUGCUGUAUCUGUAAAAGUUGGAAGCUACCUUGGGUCUGGUGAACCGCAGAAAGCUAUUGACUGUUCAAAAGUAGCUGUUUUUUUAUUUUUAAUACUGGGUGUUUUUGAUGGCGUGCUCUUGAUGAGCCUGAGAGACUACAUUGGCUAUGUGUUUUCAAAGAGCAAAAAUGUUAUAAGGAUGAUUUCAAGUGUCUGUCCCAUCAUCGCCGCAUAUCAUAUUUUAGAUGGCACUCAGGGGAUAGUAACAGGCAUCAUGCGUGGAAUAGGCCUUCAAAAGCAUGGUGCAGUCAUCAAUUUCAUUGGCUAUAUGGUCGCUGGGUUACCGUUAGGAGCAGUACUUGCUUUGGUCGUACAUUUAAACGUUUUCGGGUUUUGGAGCGGCAUGGCUGUAGGAAUGGCGCUCCAGGUUAUUUUGGCGCUGAUCCUUCUUGUAUGCUCAAACUGGGAUGAAUUCGCUCGAAAGGCAAGGAAGCGUGCAGAAGUACCUGAUUUGAAACCUAGUGAUGAAGCAACAUCUAAAGACGGCCUCGAUAACAUGGAAGAGAAAGCUUGCCUAAUUCCCUCUUAUUCAGCGGACUACGGUUCAAUAAAUGACCCUGAACAUCAAGUUUCUGACUCAGGUGUUGACAAUCUUCAAGCAGAGGCAACACAACCUUUUCCAAUAGGAGAUUCAUGGGAGCUCAUAAAUGCGACCCCUUCAUCAGAAAAGUUGAAUAAGUAUAUAAUUUUUCGAACAUUGUUUGUCCUUCUAAUUCCAAUUUGCUCACUAACAGUUGGAAUUUUAGCCAGAUUUUAUUUCUAAUCAGUUUUCUAUACACAAGUCGCCAUUCACAUAUAUUUUUAUAAACAUUCAUAUACACGCAUCACGCAUCAUUGCAAAUUGUUUAUAAGGCUAAAGAAUUUUGCUGUCUCGUAUGAUUUUAAUUAAAUAGAUCCUAACAUGUUUUUUGAAAUGCUGAUUGACUUUAAUAUUUAUAAAUAUAUCUAUAAUUUGCUGUUAAUGAUUUGCUAAUGGAUUCAAUAUAAAUAUUCACUGACUAUACAUUUUCGCUGACCCAAGGCUAAUCACAACUAGAUUGAUAUGUUCGUCUGCUCACUACAAAAGCAGAAACUUUUCGAUACGAUGCGUCUUAUAGCUGGUGCCAUUUUUAGACACAAUCAAUAAGAAAACAUUGUUGCCCAUCAGGUACCAUUAACUAAAUCUUCUUUUAACACCAGAAUUGAAACACUACUUUUAAACACCAAUCCUUCAACCUUUAUAUCACUGUCUGAUCAACCAAAUACCCAUGCCACUACACUCUUUUUAAAAGGACUCAAUUUAAAGGAUCUCCGAAGCUCAAUUUUCGAAAAUAAAUUAGAACAACGUAAGAACAUACAUGGUAUUAGGUGGAUACUAAGAAAAUGUGCGCUAAUUGCGAAUUUGAUCUCAUGUUGAC